CCCUCCCCCUCCCCCCUCCCGGGUCGGAGUGUCCCUGCGCCCCACGGGCCGGAGCAGCAGCGAGAGCAGCUUUCCCCGCUCCCUCCCCCUCGCCUCACUCACCCCCACCCCCCCGCCGAGCGAGGAGGAGCCGGAGGAGAGGAAGAUGGCGGCGGCCGCCAGCACCCGCGGUGCCGCGGGGCCGCUCCGAGGAGCCUGAGAGACCCACAGAGGCUUCGCGGGAAGACGCGGGCGGCGGAGGAUGAGCCUGCAGAGCGCGCAGUAUCUCCGAAUGUCUUAAACCAUUCUACCUUAUGAGAGAUUGGAUGUUCUUGCAGAUAGUCAUUGUGGCAGAAAACGUUUCAUUUAAGUCCCAGAUGAGGACCGGGAACUUGAAAUCAGAGGAGCAUCUGAAAUCAAGUAAUAUUAGGCAGGCAGAAGUCCUGAAGGCUGACAUGACAGAUUCUAAGCUGGGUCCAGCUGAGGUCUGGACAUCCAGGCAGGCUCUGCAGGACCUGUACCAGAAAAUGCUAGUUACUGAUUUGGAAUACGCUUUAGACAAGAAAGUAGAACAGGAUCUCUGGAAUCAUGCCUUUAAGAAUCAGAUCACAACACUACAAGGCCAGGCAAAGAAUCGAGCAAACCCGAAUCGGAGUGAAGUUCAGGCAAACCUUUCUCUGUUCCUAGAGGCAGCUAGUGGCUUCUAUACUCAGUUAUUACAAGAACUGUGUACAGUGUUUAAUGUAGAUUUACCAUGCCGUGUAAAGUCUUCCCAAUUGGGAAUUAUCAGCAAUAAACAGACGCAUACCAGCGCCAUAGUGAAGCCACAGUCCAGCUCCUGUUCCUAUAUCUGCCAGCACUGCCUCGUCCACCUUGGAGACAUUGCUCGAUACAGAAACCAGACCAGCCAGGCAGAGUCCUACUAUAGGCAUGCAGCUCAGCUUGUCCCUUCGAAUGGUCAGCCUUACAAUCAGUUGGCUAUCUUAGCUUCUUCCAAAGGAGAUCAUCUGACCACAAUUUUCUACUACUGCAGAAGCAUUGCUGUGAAGUUCCCUUUCCCAGCUGCCUCUACUAAUCUACAAAAAGCACUUUCUAAAGCACUGGAAAGCCGGGAUGAGGUGAAGACCAAGUGGGGUGUUUCUGACUUCAUCAAGGCCUUUAUAAAAUUUCACGGUCAUGUGUACCUGAGUAAGAGCUUGGAAAAGUUGAGCCCUCUUCGAGAGAAAUUGGAAGAACAAUUUAAGAGGCUGCUGUUCCAAAAAGCUUUCAACUCUCAGCAGUUAGUUCACGUCACUGUCAUUAACCUGUUUCAACUUCAUCACCUUCGUGACUUUAGCAAUGAAACAGAACAGCAUAGUUAUAGCCAAGAUGAACAGCUGUGUUGGACACAGCUGCUGGCCCUCUUUAUGUCUUUUCUUGGCAUCCUGUGCAAGUGUCCUCUCCAGAACAAGUCUCAGGAGGAAUCCUACAAUGCCUAUCCCCUACCUGCAGUCAAGGUCUCCAUGGACUGGCUGAGACUCAGACCCAGGGUCUUUCAGGAAGCAGUGGUGGAUGAAAGACAAUACAUUUGGCCCUGGCUAAUUUCUCUUCUGAAUAGUUUUCAUCCCCAUGAAGAGGAUCUUUCAAGUACCAAUGCUACACCACUUCCAGAGGAAUUUGAGUUACAAGGAUUCUUGGCUUUGAGACCUUCUUUCAGGAACUUGGAUUUUUCCAAAGGCCACCAGGGUAUUACAGGAGACAAAGAGGGUCAGCAGCGACAAAUACGGCAGCAGCGCUUGAUCUCUAUAGGCAAAUGGAUCGCAGAUAAUCAGCCAAGGCUGAUUCAGUGUGAAAAUGAGGUAGGGAAAUUGUUGUUUAUCACAGAAAUCCCAGAGUUAAUACUGGAAGACCCCAGUGAAGCCAAAGAGAACCUCAUUCUGCAAGAGACAUCCAUGAUAGAAUCCCUGGCUGCCGAUGGGAACCCAGGACUGAAGUCAGUGCUGUCUACAGGCCGGAAUCUAAGCAACAACUGUGACACAGGAGAGAAACCAGUGGUCACCUUCAAAGAGAACAUUAAGCCACGAGAAGGGAACAGAGACCAAGGAAGAAGUUUUCCUCCCAAAGAGGUGAGAAGGGACUAUAGCAAAGGAAUAACUGUAACUAAGAAUGAUGGAAAGAAGGACACCACCAAGAGGAAAACAGAAACCAAGAAAUGCACCUUAGAAAAGUUACAGGAAACAGGAAAGCAGAGUGUGGCAGUGCAGGUAAAAUCGCAGACAGAAUUAAGAAAGACUCCAGUGUCUGAAGCCAGGAAAACACCUGUAACUCAAACCCCAAGUCAAGCAAGUAACUCCCAGUUCAUCCCCAUUCAUCACCCUGGAGCCUUUCCUCCUCUUCCCAGCCGGCCAGGGUUCCCGCCCCCAACAUAUGUUAUCCCCCCUCCUGUGGCAUUUUCUAUGGGCUCAGGUUACACCUUCCCAGCUGGUGUUUCUGUCCCAGGAACCUUUCUUCAGCCUACAGCUCACUCUCCAGCAGGAAACCAGGUGCAAGCUGGGAAACAGUCCCACAUUCCUUACAGCCAGCAACGGCCCUCUGGACCAGGGCCAAUGAACCAGGGACCUCAACAACCACAGCCACCUUCUCAGCAACCCCUUACAUCUUUACCAGCUCAGCCAACAGCACAGUCUACAAGCCAGUUGCAGGUUCAAGCUCUAGCUCAGCAACAGCAAUCCCCUACAAAAGCUGUGCCAGCUUUGGGGAAAAGCCCUCCUCACCACUCUGGAUUCCAGCAGUAUCCACAGGCAGAUGCCUCCAAACAGCUGUGGAAUCCCCCUCAGGUUCAAGGCCCAUUAGGGAAAAUCAUGCCUGUGAAACAGCCCUACUACCUUCAAACCCAAGACCCCAUAAAACUGUUUGAGCCGUCAUUGCAACCUCCUGUAAUGCAGCAACAGCCUCUAGAGAAAAAAAUGAAGCCUUUUCCCAUGGAGCCAUAUAACCAUAAUCCCUCAGAAGUCAAGAUCCCAGAAUUCUACUGGGAUUCUUCCUACAGCAUGGCUGGUAACAGAGCUGUAAUGUCACAGCAAGCCAACAUGGACCGCAGGGGCAAACGGUCCCCAGGAGUCUUCCGUCCAGAGCAGGAUCCUGUGCCCAGGAUGCCAUUUGAGGACCCCAAGGGCUCCCCUCUGCUUCCUCCGGACCUGUUAAAGAGUCUGGCUGCCUUGGAGGAAGAGGAAGAGCUGAUUUUUUCUAACCCUCCUGAUCUUUACCCAGCUCUGCUGGGACCUCUCGCCUCUCUUCCUGGACGAAGCCUCUUUAAAUCCUUACUGGAGAAGCCCUCGGAGCUCAUGUCACAUUCAUCCCCUUUCCUGUCCCUCACCGGAUUCUCUCUCAAUCAGGAAAGAUAUCCCAAUAACAGUGUGUUCAAUGAGGUAUAUGGAAAAAACCUGACAACCAGCUCCAAGGCAGAACUUAACCCUACGAUUGCCCCCCAGGAAACAUCACUCUACUCCCUUUUUGAGGGGACUCCGUGGUCUCCAUCACUUCCAGCCAGUUCAGAUCAUUCAACACCAGCCAGCCAAUCUCCUCAUUCCUCCAACCCAAGCAGCCUGCCAAGCUCCCCUCCAACACACAACCAUAAUUCUGUCCCAUUCUCCAACUUUGGACCCAUUGGGACUCCAGAUAACAGGGAUAGGAGAACUGCAGAUCGGUGGAAAACUGAUAAGCCAGCCAUGGGUGGAUUUGGCAUUGAUUAUCUCUCAGCAACAUCAUCCUCUGAGAGCAGUUGGCAUCAGGCUAGCACUCCAGGUGGUUCCUGGACAGGCCAUGGCCCCUCCAUGGAGGAUUCCUCUGCUGUCCUCAUGGAAAGCCUAAAGUCUAUCUGGUCCAGUUCCAUGAUGCAUCCUGGACCUUCCGCUUUGGAGCAGCUGUUAAUGCAGCAGAAGCAGAAACAGCAGCGGGGACAAGGCACCAUGAACCCUCCACACUGAGGCCAAAGUGGCAUCCCUGGGAAUGAAGGCUCCAUAAACCAUGGCAUGUUGGGUUUGCAGGACUGGCCCACACAGUCCCCUGCAGGUGGCAGCCCUCUUUUCUGUUUCUUGCUGUUGAGAGGGUGUAAGUGUUCCACCAGCCCGCUGAGUGUGCACGAAAUGUCUGCAGUGCAACAAAAAGAAAAAACCAUCAGGAACUCUCCGUCCCCCCGGGCCUUCCGGAGGGAGAGAGGAACUGCUGUUUGUCUCACUCAGUUACCUGAUGUCACCGCCUCUCACCUUCUCCACCGUGCAUGUCCCCAGCCACAUGGGAAGUGAAAGCUGAGAAGGGAAGGCAGAUGGGAGAAGCCAAUGGGAACUUCUCAGUCCUUUUUUCCUCUUUGGGGAAUAAAAUAGGAAUCCAUUAA